AUGGACUGGCAGCCAGACGAGCAGGGUCUGCAGCAGGUCCUACAGCUGCUUAAAGACUCGCAGUCACCCAAUACAGCCACGCAGCGAAUCGUGCAGGAUAAACUCAAACAACUGAACCAGUUUCCCGACUUCAACAACUACCUGAUCUUCGUCCUGACCAGACUCAAGUCCGAAGAUGAGCCUACUCGCUCUCUCAGCGGCCUCAUCCUCAAGAACAAUGUGAAGGCGCAUUACCAGAGCUUCCCACCGCCCGUGGCGGACUUCAUCAAACAGGAGUGUCUCAACAACAUUGGAGACGCCUCAUCCCUCAUCCGAGCCACCAUAGGCAUUCUCAUCACCACCAUCGCUUCCAAGGGUGAGCUGCAGAUGUGGCCUGAGCUGCUGCCCCAGCUGUGCAACCUGCUCAACUCGGAGGAUUACAACACAUGUGAGGGAGCCUUUGGAGCCCUGCAGAAGAUCUGUGAAGACUCGUCCGAGCUCCUGGACAGCGAUGCCCUCAACAGGCCCCUCAACAUCAUGAUCCCCAAGUUCCUGCAGUUCUUCAAGCACUGCAGCCCCAAGAUCCGGUCCCAUGCCAUCGCCUGUGUGAACCAAUUCAUCAUGGACCGGGCCCAGGCGCUGAUGGACAACAUUGACACUUUCAUUGAGCACCUGUUUGCCCUGGCUGUGGACGAUGACCCUGAAGUGCGGAAGAACGUGUGCCGUGCCCUGGUGAUGCUGCUGGAAGUGCGAAUCGACAGGCUCAUCCCCCACAUGCACAGCAUCAUCCAGUACAUGCUGCAGAGGACCCAGGACCACGAUGAGAAUGUGGCCCUUGAGGCCUGUGAGUUCUGGCUGACGCUGGCCGAACAGCCCAUCUGCAAGGAUGUCCUGGCCUCCCAUCUGGUUCAGUUGAUCCCUAUCCUGGUGAAUGGGAUGAAGUACUCGGAAAUCGACAUUAUCCUGCUCAAGGGAGAUGUGGAAGAGGACGAGGCAGUCCCAGACAGCGAGCAGGACAUUAAGCCACGCUUCCACAAGUCACGCACCGUGACACUGCCCCAUGAGGCCGAGCGGCCUGACGGCUCUGAGGAUGCUGAGGAUGACGAUGAUGAUGAUGCUUUAUCUGACUGGAAUCUGAGAAAGUGCUCGGCGGCUGCAUUGGAUGUCUUGGCCAAUGUCUUCCGGGAGGAACUAUUGCCCCACCUGCUUCCUCUGCUCAAGGGCCUCCUCUUUCACCCUGAAUGGGUGGUCAAGGAGUCGGGCAUCCUGGUGCUGGGCGCCAUCGCUGAAGGCUGUAUGCAGGGGAUGGUGCCCUACCUCCCUGAGCUGAUCCCACACCUCAUCCAGUGCCUGUCAGACAAGAAGGCCCUGGUUCGCUCCAUUGCCUGCUGGACGCUGAGUCGCUACGCCCACUGGGUGGUCAGCCAGCCGCCAGACAUGCAUCUCAAGCCUCUGAUGACAGAACUGCUCAAGCGCAUCCUGGAUGGCAACAAAAGGGUGCAGGAGGCAGCCUGCAGUGCCUUUGCCACCCUGGAGGAGGAGGCCUGCACAGAGCUGGUGCCCUACCUCAGCUACAUCCUGGACACUCUUGUCUUUGCCUUUGGCAAGUACCAGCAUAAGAACCUGCUCAUCCUCUAUGAUGCCAUCGGCACCCUGGCUGACUCUGUGGGCCACCAUCUCAACCAGCCGGAAUACAUCCAGAAGCUGAUGCCGCCGCUCAUCCAGAAGUGGAACGAGCUCAAGGAUGAAGACAAGGACCUCUUUCCUCUGCUGGAGUGUCUGUCGUCUGUGGCCACUGCCCUGCAGAGUGGCUUCCUGCCCUACUGCGAGCCUGUGUACCAGCGCUGCGUCACCCUGGUGCAGAAGACACUGGCCCAGGCCAUGAUGUACACCCAGCACCCCGAGCAGUACGAGGCCCCCGAUAAGGACUUCAUGAUCGUGGCACUGGACCUGCUCAGCGGCCUGGCCGAGGGCCUGGGUGGCCACGUGGAGCAGCUGGUGGCCCGCAGCAACAUCAUGACCCUGCUCUUCCAGUGCAUGCAGGACUCGAUGCCCGAGGUCCGGCAGAGCUCCUUCGCCCUCCUCGGAGACCUCACCAAAGCCUGCUUCAUCCACGUCAAGCCCUGUAUUGCUGAGUUCAUGCCCAUCCUGGGCACCAACCUGAACCCUGAGUUCAUCUCCGUCUGCAACAAUGCCACCUGGGCCAUUGGAGAGAUCUGCAUGCAGAUGGGGGCAGAGAUGCAGCCCUACGUGCAGAUGGUCCUCAACAACCUGGUGGAGAUCAUUAACCGGCCCAACACACCCAAGACACUCCUGGAAAAUACAGGUCGCCUGACGAGUCCCUCUGCCAUUCCAGCCAUUACCAUCGGCCGCUUGGGCUACGUGUGCCCACAGGAGGUGGCACCCAUGCUGCAGCAGUUCAUCCGGCCGUGGUGCACAUCCCUCAGGAACAUCAGGGACAAUGAGGAGAAGGACUCGGCCUUCCGAGGCAUCUGCAUGAUGAUAGGCGUCAACCCCGGGGGCGUCGUGCAGGACUUUAUUUUCUUCUGCGAUGCUGUAGCCUCCUGGGUGAGCCCUAAGGAUGACCUUCGGGACAUGUUUUAUAAGAUUCUCCAUGGCUUCAAAGACCAAGUUGGGGAGGAAAACUGGCAGCAGUUCUCAGAGCAGUUCCCGCCGCUGCUCAAGGAGAGGUUGGCUGCCUUCUACGGGGUCUAG